UUUGCAACUGUGGUCUAAAACUACGCCCAUCCAAUAUGGCUUCUCAUAUUCCCUUGUUUCUCUGUCUAUUCUUUCUCUCUAUGAUCUCCUACCUUCCCUCUCUCUUGACAGAGUCCGACAACUACAUCGUUCACAUGGACUUGUCAGCCAUGCCUAAAGCUUUCUCCACCCACCAUAACUGGUACUUGACCACUCUUGCCUCCGUAUUGGAAAAUUCCCAACUCAGCUCCACUAAAACAACUACUCCCUCUUCCUCUAAACUUGUCUAUUCUUACACUCAUGUUAUAAAUGGUUUCACUGCAAGCCUCUCCCCCUCAGAGCAUGAGGCCCUGAAAAGUUCUCCGGGAUAUGUUUCUUCGAUGCGGGACUUGCCUGUUAAGGCCGACACAACUCACUCGACCCAGUUUCUUGGGCUCAACUCCAACUCGGGCGCGUGGCCCGAGUCCAACUAUGGCGAGGAUGUCAUAAUUGGGUUGGUGGAUACAGGAGUUUGGCCAGAAAGCAAAAGCUUUAAUGACAAAGGCAUGUCGGAAGUUCCAUCACGAUGGAAAGGAGAAUGCGAUGGUGGCAAAAAUUUCAGCUCCUCUUUGUGCAACAAGAAGCUCAUUGGGGCUCGCUUCUUUAACAAAGGUCUGAUUGCCAAAAAUCCCAAUGCGACAAAAACUAUAAGUAAUUCCACGCGCGAUACAGAUGGGCACGGGACCCACACAUCAAGCACGGCGGCUGGAAAUUAUGUGGACGAUGCGUCCUACUUCGGCUACGCCACAGGAGCCGCUAGAGGCGUAGCCCCAAGGGCGCGGGUGGCCAUGUACAAGGCCCUGUGGGACGAGGGUGGCGUCACCUCCGAUAUUAUUGCUGCCAUUGAUCAAGCAAUUUUGGACGGUGUAGAUGUCAUCUCGAUAUCGUUGGGUUUGGAUGGAGUCCCUUUGUAUGAAGACCCCAUUGCCAUAGCCACGUUUGCAGCGUUAGAGAAGGGUAUUUUCGUCUCUACAUCAGCGGGAAACGAGGGGCCUUUCAUUGAGACCCUGCACAACGGCACGCCGUGGGUUCUAACCGUUGCUGCCGGUAACGUGGACCGUGACUUCGGCGGCGUUAUUACUCUCGGCAAUGGGGAUUCUGUCCCCGGCUUGACUCUCUAUCCGGGGAAUUCAUCUUCCAGCAAAAUCCCAAUUGUUUUCUUGGACGCUUGUGACAAUUUCAAGCAACUGAAGAAAAUUGGGAACAAGAUUGUCGUAUGCAAAGACAAGAAUGGUUCCAUUACUGACAUCCAAGCUGACAAUCUUAGACAAGCUCAAGUGGGUGGUGGAGUGUUUAUAACGAAUAUUACUGACUUGGAUUUUUCAAUCCAAACCACAUUUCCAGCAAUUUUUUUCAACCCACAAAGCGGAGAAACCGUUGAAAACUACAUCAAAACCAACUCCCAGCCAAAAGCAAGCCUGGAGUUUCGGAAGACAAUUCUCGGUUCCAAACCAGCGCCAGCUGUCACUAGCUACAGUUCUAGAGGACCAUCUGCGAGCUGCCCAUUUGUCUUGAAGCCUGAUCUAAUGGCUCCUGGUGCGUUAAUCUUAGCCGCGUGGCCCCCACAAACUCCAGUCACCACACUGCAAAGCUCGCAGGUACUAUUUUCUAACUUCAAUCUUUUGUCUGGUACAUCCAUGUCAUGCCCGCAUGCAGCGGGAGUGGCUGCUCUUUUGAAGGCGGCGCACCCUGAAUGGAGCCCCGCCGCCAUCAGGUCAGCCAUGAUGACAACAUCGGACACGGUGGACAACACAGGGGGCCCCAUCAAAGACAUAGGAGACGACAACAAUCCGGCUAGUCCUUUUGCCAUUGGUGCCGGGCAUCUCAACCCCAACAAGGCAGUAGACCCCGGUCUAAUUUACGAUGCCAAGAUAGAAGAUUAUGUGAAUCUUCUCUGCGCACUAAAUUACUCCACGAAGGAAAUUCAAACCAUCACCAAAUCGGCUUCAUACAAUUGUUCAUCUCCGUCGUUGGAUCUUAACUACCCUUCUUUUAUUGCAUUCUUCAAUGUGAAUGACUCGAAAUCGGAUACGAAAACCAUACAAGAAUUCCAUAGAACAGUGACCAAUGUUGGAGGAGGGCAAUCAAGCUACAUUGCAAGCGUGACAGCCAUGAAAGGGAUUCAGGUCCGUGUCACGCCGGACAAAUUGGUGUUCAAAGAGAAGAACGAAAAGAAAAGCUUCAAGGUGAGCGUAGAAGGCCCACGGCUGCUAAAAGAGCUAAUAGUUUUCGGUUAUCUCAGUUGGGCGGAUGCUGCCGGUAACCACGUGGUCAGAAGCCCCAUUGUGGCCACUGGAAUCAGCUCGGAUGUGUUGCCGGAGAACUGACUUGUUUGCUAAGUAAAGUUAUUUUAGGUUAAGAAUAAAAAAAAAAAAAAAAAAAAUGAAACAAAACAAAACCAGCUCUUGGUGAUGAAAUUAACUUGCAGCAAUGCAGUUUGAUGGAUAGGCUAUUCGAUCGUGUGGUUGUUAUACAAUAGCAUUUCCUAUCGUGAAAAAAUAUCAAUCAUACGAUUUUCCCUAUUUAUUAAUUGUUAUAAUAUUAUAUUUUGGGGGACGAAAGAAUUAAGUAUAGAUAUACAUUAUGCAUAUAGAACAGGAGGAAGACGGGCAAAUUCAUGAGUACAUAAAAAAUAUGGACGUUUUGAUGGCCACGUCAUUAAUUAUGUGGUUAAUCCCGUAGUACUGGAAACAGGUUAUAUGAUUAUUUCGCAAUAAUUCAUGUUAUCACGGUAAUCUCAGCAUAAUUAAUAUCUCAUUAA